AGAGAAAGAAGUUUAUUAACAAGAGAAGUCACAUACAUUUUCCUUACAGAAAAAUGGCCGUUCAAGCUCAAUACCCAGCUAAUAUCUUCAGGUCUAUUACCAUGAAAAAUAAUGUUUUAGAUCUUCAUCAACAACAUGAUUUUUAUCAGUUUCAUCAGAACAACAAUCAAAUUAGUACUCCUCUUCCUGGGAGUGUCAUCGGAAAUACUUACACCAACUUCGGUAAACAACAGAGCAAUCUGAUUAACGGAGGAGUGCUGAGUGGUGAUCAUUUGGCAGCUGAGAGUGAAUUAACAUGCAAUUUAUCCGCAUCAAGGAAACGAAACAGACUAGAUUGUGACGAUCAUUACCAAAACAUGCCACCAACGCUUCAUCAAUCUUAUCUCCAUCUCCAACAACAAAAUGAUCAUGUUUUACUUCAAAAACAACAACAGAAUUUCAGGUAUUCAAAUAAGCUUCAACAGAUAAAUAUUGGUGGAUCUUCAAAUACAGGGAUUUCUAUUAAUUACGAAGAAACCAACAAUCAUAGAUUACACCAGCAUCAUGAAUCAGCCGGAACUAGUACCAGUGGUAGAUCAUCUGUAUUAACUUCUUCUCCGGCGCCAAUGGGAUCACAACAAGAUCUACUGAUGAACACUAAUCAUCACCGUCUCCUCCACCACCAAAACCUCGAAAUCGACGCAUUGAUCCUACUCCACAAUGAAAAACUAAGAUCAGUAAUUGAAGAAACACAGAAGAGACAAUGUAGAUCGUUAGUGUCGGCCGUGGAAGAACAAGUUCUGAAAAGGCUAGCAGAGAAAGAGACAGAGCUACAGAAUGCAGGACGAAAAAAUGCAGAACUGGAAGAGAAAUUAAAACAGUUAAACGCAGAGAAUCAAGUUUGGUUCAAUGUUGCUAAGAAUAAUGAAGCUAUUGCCUCUAGUCUUAAAUCUACUCUUCAACAGAUUCUUCUCCAGAACAAUAACACUAAAUCAGGAGUUGAAGCUGGAGGUGAAUUAUUAUUAACAGCAAAUACUACCAGUAAUCAUGAUCAAAAAGAAGGAUUUGGUGAUAGCGAUGGCUUAGUAAUCGAAGGUUUAGAUGAUGAUGCCCAAUCCAGUUGUUAUGGAGGAAAACAUAAUCAAGAAGAUAAGAAAAGAAAAUUAGUAGAUGCAAAGGACAAUAAGGGAACCAGCACCAUCAAAAAAUCAUGCAAGGUUUGCGAAAAGAAUGAGGUUUCCGUGUUAGUGUUGCCUUGUAGGCAUUUGUGUCUUUGCAAAGAAUGCGAGGCCAAACUAGAUUAUUGUCCCAUUUGCAAGGCUGCAAAGAAGGCUAGCUUGCAAAUCUUCAUGUCCUAGCUAAUUACAAGCUUUACUGUAGCAAUUCUUUUGUCACUCAAAUCAAAAUUAGGCCUACGAUUUAUUUGAAAAGUUUGGGAUUCAUUUUGUGGAAAAUCUCAAUUGUAUGUAUUUUUAUCUUUAUCUUCGUGCUUAAUUACAAAUGUAGAUGGAGUAAUUAAAACUGUUCGAAAAGUAGUCUUGCUAGCACUCUUUGCUAGGUGUCUGCCUCAUCAA